CUUAUUUUCCCAGCUGGCAAGCGUCGCGCUGCAGACAAGGGAAUGCCUGUGGUCCUGCAUGUUCCGGAGCUUGGGGGCAUCCUGAUCCCGCUGAGCCCCUUCCAGGUGCAGAAGGGUUAAGAAUGAUGAGGAAGAGGAGGAAGCGAGGCGUGCGCCCCGGCCCAUGCCGCAGCCCGAGGCCCGGCCCAGCCACUGCGCCCGCGCCGCCGCCCUCGCAGGAGCGCACGAGACCUGCAUGGACGGGCAUGGGCGUGAGAGCAGCACCUUCCUGCGCCGCCGCCCCCGCCGCCGCCGGGGCUGAGCAGUACCGCCGCCCCGGGCUCUGGCCGCCGUCGCCCCCGCCGCCGCUGUUGCUGCUGCUGCUGCUCAGCCUUGGGCUGCUCCACGCAGGUGAUUGCCAACAGCCUGCUCAAUGUCGAAUCCAGAAAUGUACCACAGACUUCGUGUCCCUGACUUCACACCUGAACUCUGGCGCUGAUGGCUUUGACUCUGAGUUUUGCAAGGCACUCCGUGCCUAUGCUAGCUGCACCCAGCGAACUUCAAAAGCCUGCCGUGGCAACCUGGUGUACCAUUCUGCUGUGUUAGGUAUCAGUGAUCUCAUGAGCCAGAGGAACUGUUCCAAGGAUGGACCCACAUCCUCCACCAACCCGGAAGUGACCCAUGACCCCUGUAACUACCACAGCCAUGGGGGAGUCAGAGAACACAGGGUGGGGGACCAGAAACCUCCCAAUUACCUUUUCUGUGGCUUGUUCGGAGAUCCUCACCUUAGAACUUUCAAAGAUCACUUCCAAACAUGCAAAGUGGAAGGGGCCUGGCCACUCAUAGACAACAAUUAUCUUUCGGUUCAAGUGACGAAUGUGCCUGUGGUCCCUGGGUCCAGCGCAACUGCUACAAACAAGAUCACAAUCAUCUUCAAAGCACAGCAUGAGUGCACGGAUCAGAAGGUAUACCAAGCUGUGACAGAUGACCUGCCAGCUGCCUUUGUGGAUGGCACCACCAGUGGGGGGGACGGUGAUGUGAAGAGUCUUCACAUCGUAGAGAAGGAGAGUGGCCGCUACGUAGAGAUGCAUGCCCGCUACAUAGGCACCACAGUGUUUGUACGACAGCUGGGUCGAUACCUAACCCUCGCUAUCCGGAUGCCCGAAGACUUGGCCAUGUCCUACGAGGAAAGCCAGGACUUGCAGCUGUGUGUGAAUGGCUGCCCCAUGAGUGAGUGCAUCGAUGAUGGGCAAGGCCAGGUGUCUGCUAUCCUGGGGCACAGCCUGCCUCACACCACCUCAGUGCAGGCCUGGCCUGGCUACACACUGGAAACUGCCAGCUCCCAAUGCCACGAGAAGAUGCCAGUGAAGGACAUCUAUUUCCAAUCAUGUGUCUUUGACCUGCUCACCACUGGUGAUGCCAACUUCACCGCUGCGGCCCACAGUGCCUUGGAGGAUGUAGAAGCGCUGCACCCAAGAAAGGAACGCUGGCACAUCUUCCCCAGCAGCCAUGGGGGACGCAGUGAUUUGCCUGUAGGUCUUGGACUCACAUGCUUGAUCCUUACUAUGGUUUUGUAAGAUUUGUUUGUUGUUUUUGUUUUGUUUUUCUGGGCUUCUUUUUUUUUUGUCUAUAACAAAAUUUUAAAUAUAUAUUGUCAUAAUAUAUUGAGUGGAAAAAGUAUAUAUGUAUAUACCAUGUAUAUGACAGAUGUUUGUCCUGGAACACCAGAUUGUACAUUAUGUGUUUGGCUGUUUUCACAUAUGUUGGUUAUAGUGGUUUUUUUUUUUUUUUUUUUUUUGAUUGUAUCAAUUUUAUUUUGCCGUUUUGUGAAAUGUUUUAUAAUGUCCCUACCUUGGGACCUCUUAGAAAGCACUUUAUUUUUUAUAUAUUAAAUAUUUAUGUGUGUACCUGGUUAAUAUGUACAGUGCAUAUACACAGACACCAACCACAGCAAUCCAUUUGGAGGUAACUAGUUUGUAGUUCCUCUGGUUGUUCCUCCUGCACUUCCUGUUGAAUGCUACUGAUUGCUACUGAUUUGCCAAGGUCCUCGGUUCCUGAUGGAGCUGUCUCCCUUCCGUUGAAGUGUCAGUUUGAGAGGAAAGUUGUCUCCUCACUUGUAAGUACUUUUGAUUCUUAAAAUGUGGAUCUCACUAAAGAGCCCUGUUUCUAACAGUGCACUUUUUCAGAACAUGGAGACAUUAGUGCUAUAACUGCAGCCAUUACACGUAUGUGCAUUUGAGCACCAGUGGCCUAUUAAGUUGACCCUUCUGAAGCUGCUGUUUGUUAAGUCUGGAGGUGGCCAUUUCAAGUAAAUACCAGGCAUCAUCUUAUGCCCCGGCUAGUGACUCUUUCUCAUCCUCUGGACCUGUUUAAAUUUUACUUUCCCACCCAUUAACUUUUUAAGCAAAACAAAAUCAUCAACUUAGAAGAGCUCAUGCCUUGCCCUCCUUUGUAAUUUGUAAAAUUCACGUUCUUAACUUUCUCCUUGGCUGCUUGGAGUCCUACCAGAGCUCUCUGGCUCUGCUCCAGCAUCUCCUUAACCUCCCCUCAGGAUCCCAAACACUUGGCUAUUAGUGCUCCUCUGAUAUUAAGUCCAGGAGUACAGCCUUGAGAACAGAAAAUCUGUCUUGGUGUAUAUUAGUAUGCACUUGCCCGUGGUUGCUGUUGAAUCCUGAUGUUCAUAACUAGGCAUUUCACUCCCCAAGUAAUCUCUGUCUUUUCAGCUCUCUGCCAUCCUAACACCUGUAGUUAAAUAUUAUAGGUACCUGCCGGUUAGUGAAGUCCUCAUCAGGUAAAAUCUCUCCUUGCCUCUUCCAUUUUAUUGCUGGUACCAGCUAUAAAAGGGACGUAACAGAAGACAGUGAAACUAGCAAAAUUAACUCCUGAAUAGUAUUACUAUAUCUAAAUGUGAGUGUUUGGUUCCAAGAGUGAUAGGAUUUGUGUUUUGAUAUUUAAGGUUUGCAUUAAUGCAAGCAAAAGGUACAAACCUUAAAUAAUGUUGUUGGGACAAGGCAAUGCAAAGUGUCAAAGUGUCCAAAGGCAAAGUGUCCUAUUGGCCAGUGGGACUGACAAAGGCUAGCAGCAAACAAGGAAUCUUUUGUGAAGUUGUGUUUCUUAGAGAAGUGAUAUCAUCAAUGGGUGGGAUUGUGUGUUCAUUUAGAAGUGGCAGAUUCUCACCUUGGGGGCAGUUAUGAAGGCACCCUGCUUUGUAUUCUUAAAGGUUGAACUUAAGAGAGUUAGGAUCUAGCCCUGUAAAAGAAGGUUCUUCUAAGAAAGCUGCAUUAAGACUGACCAACUCUGAGCUUUGAAGCAUGGCCACUUGUUCGCGUACGGAGCCAUGUGCCAAGUUCAGAAGCUGUCAAUAGCUAGUAACUUGUAAUUGAGUAGAACAGGGGAGGGAAAUUGUUGGAUACUUUUAACCACUAUUUUUGUGCAAAUAUAAAAGUAAAAUAGAAGUUUCUACAGUGUCUGCCUUUAUAGAGUGUGUGAUUGAUACACCUUUUAUCCUUUUGAGGAGAACAGAGCCACCGUGUCUACCCAUAGUUUGGAAAAGAAAGUUUGCUUGUUUAGUUGUAUUGUUUAGCUGGGAAGGAUGCCUGUGAGAUAUACUACAGCAGUAGUAUUAGUAAUAGUGUGAUGGGUGUUCUCCUUCAGAAUUGGUGUUCCUGUGCAUCCUUUACAGUUCCCACAAAUAACUUGUAGAGAUAAAGGACUUCUGUACAGAAGGGCCAGGUCUUCUUUGGGGUUUCUAAGGAACAUACUGCUUAAGCUUGUCUCACCAAGUCCAUAGCCAGAAGAAUUUCAGACCAUGCUGUCAAAUAGGCUAUAGGUUUUCAUGGGUCUCCUGGGAGAGCUUAAAACUUGGGGCAAAACACGAAUUUUCACAGAUCUUCCUUCCCACGUCUCUCUCAGGAAAGACUCAAAAAACACACUGCCCCCUUGGCUCUGCUUGAAACCCUCACCCCAUUGUGCCGAGUCUUUGCAGAGAAACCUGUAGAUGUGGUUUUUCAUAGGUAUAUGAGUAAGUAUCUGUGUAAAAACAGUGGAGUGUGUAGUAUGUAAAUACAUUAAAUUAUUAUGCUAGAAAAAUAAAGUUACAGACCCUGCUG